AAGCAAUACCAAGCAAUAGACCUACCUCUCAAUCUAAGAUUUGUGCUUCGUUAAUCCUAAAACUCGAAUCAAUGGCGCCGAAGGCAGAGAAGAAGCCCGCGGAGAAGAAACCAGCCUCUGAGAAGCCCGUGGAGGAGAAAUCAAAGGCCGAGAAAGCUCCGGCGGAGAAGAAGCCUAAGGCCGGAAAGAAGCUACCGAAGGAAGCUGGUGCCGGAGGCGACAAGAAAAAAAAGAUGAAGAAGAAGAGUAUCGAGACUUACAAGAUCUACAUCUUCAAGGUGCUGAAGCAAGUUCAUCCCGAUAUCGGAAUCUCAAGCAAAGCGAUGGGGAUCAUGAACAGUUUCAUUAACGAUAUCUUCGAGAAGCUAGCUCAAGAGGCGUCGAAGCUUGCGAGGUACAACAAGAAGCCUACCAUCACUUCCCGGGAGAUUCAGACUGCAGUGAGAUUGGUGCUUCCUGGAGAGUUGGCGAAGCAUGCUGUUUCCGAGGGGACUAAGGCCGUUACCAAAUUCACCAGCUCUUGAGUAAUUGAGCUAGGGUUUUUCAAUCACUUUUAUCAUCUGGAUGUUACUGGUUUAGGGUUUAAUGGAACUUGGGAGAUCGGAAUUGAUUAGAAUUAGAGUGUCGUUUUUGAAGAAACUGUUUCGUUUGCAAUUUCACAUUUUGUAAGUACUUAUCUGCUAUUGAUAUGUUUGGAAUCUAUAUUUGCUUUGUGUCCCAAUCCAAUCAUGUUGAGAGUU